CUCUCUCUCUCUCGCGCUCAGCACUCUCGGACAGGCUGGGCAGCAGCGGGCGGCUCUGCUGUCCUCCGCUCUCAUCUCUCCGCCUCUUUAUUCCGGCUGAAUUAGCGGUGUAAUCCCAGGCUGUGACGGAUGCUUCCUCGGCCGGCCGCCGGGGUCGACCCUCAGCAUGAGUCUGAGGAGUUCGGGGUUCUGACACGUUUAAUUCAGGAUGUAAUCCAGGUUUGAGAAGUUUGUUCUGGAACCGGGACUCUGAGACUCUCCAGAAUCAUGAGUGACGUCCAAGGCUCAGACUGCACCUUCAGAGACGAUGAGAAGAAAUCCUCCAGUCACCCGGACUCGUCCACCUCCGGACACAACACCUACACCAUCCCCAGCCCCACCGAUGUUCAGAACACUGCAGGUAGACCAGAACCUCUGGGUUUUAAGCUGGAUGAGAGACAGAGACUCGCCCGAGAGAGACGAGAGGAGCGGGAGAAACAGAACGCUGCUCGGGAGGCGCAGUGGUUGGAGCGUGAGGAGAGGGCGAGGCAGUUCUAUGAGAGGCAGUUGGAGGAGAGGAAGAAGCGUCUGGAGGAACAGAGGAUAAAGGAGGACAGGAGACGCGCCGCGGUGGAGGAGAAACGACGGCAGAAACUCCAGGAGGAGAAGGCGCGCUAUGAGGCUGUGAUGAGGAGAACUCUGGAGAGAAGCCAGAGGACCCGACCAAAAUCCAACCGCUGGAGCUGGGGAGGAGUCCUCACCACCAGCACCUCCCACAACAGCGGUUUUGAUGACUCUGCUCUGCUCCUGCCGCUGGACCUGGCUGGGUUGGAGCGUUAUCACGGGGCUUUUAGCCUGGCGCGGCAGCAGCGCCUACGCUCACAAUAUGCUGACAGAAGGUCAGUCUCCACCAUGAAUCUGUCCAAACACACAGAUCCAGUUAUAACCAAACGUUUGUCCUCGUCUUCUGCCACGCUGGUAAACUCACCGGACAGAGCUUUGCAGAAGCGGACGUCCGUCUCCUCGUCCUGUUUAGUAAAUAAAGUUCAGUCUAGAGCUCGAGGUUCCAGAGAGAAGAUCCUGCAGGACAAGCCCACAGGUAUGCGUCGGAUGCCUUUAACCCCGUGGGAGAACACUGUGGUCAGUCGUCUGCAGGCUCCCACUCACUCGUACCUGGCCCGGAGCCGCAGCGCUAUGUCUCUCUCCGGAGAUGCAGUGACCCCCGUUUGUCCUCGCUCAGCUUCCUGUCACCCAAUGAGCUCGCAGUCCUUCAAGUCCCUGCAGUCACGCAGCGCCGAGCGGCCAAUGAGGGCCGGCCUCAGCCUGGAACGACCAAUCAGAGCCGGUUACGCCGGACCGGAAACUCUCCCUCGCAGAAAGACAACGCACAACAUCCCGGUGGACAGGAAGGAUAAGGACUAUGUGAGAAAGUCCUGGAGUAAUCUGUCCUAUCCCACUCCAUCACUAACUACAUUACCCACCAAGAGAGCGCCAUCACCGAGCAGCCAGCGCAGCAGAACCAGCCAGCACCUGUCUACCAGAAGUUCCGCUAAACCACCUCCCGUCUCCCAGAAGCCUCCCAUCACCAAAAAGUCCCGGUCUCCGCCUCCACCAGCCUCCAUACCCCUGUCUCCUAGCAACCCCUCCCUGUCGCCCGGCAACCUGAGGCCGAAUAGGGUACCAUCUGAAAGCCCCAGAGCGACCCCAGAGGGCGAGAAUGGCAGGAAGGUGGAAGAUGAGGCAAAAACGGAGGUGGAGGCUGAGAGACAGGAAGAGGCGGAGCCUAGAACCAGAUCUGCUAAGUCUCCAGCAGAGGGCACUGUUCCAAAAGCAGAGCCUGCAGGAGAGAGCGGUGUCGGUUCUCCAGCAGUCAGAACCUCAGCAGGAACCACAGAUCCAGAGGAAGCCUCUCGACUGCUGUCUGAGAAACGCCGUCAGGCCAGAGAACAGAGGGAGCGCGAGGAGGAGGAGAGGAGGCAGCAGGAGGAGGCUGAGAGACGGCACAGAGAGGAGAUGGCUCGUAGGAAAGCGGAGGAGAGAGCGAGGAGAGAGGAGGAGGCUCAGCGAGUGGCGGAGGAGAAGAAACAGAAGGAGGAGGAGGAGAAACGACUAGAGGAGGAGAGACUGCAGAGAGAGAGAGAGGAGACGGAGCGCCUGCAGAAACAGAAGGAGGAAGAGGAGGCCCGGCAGCGUGAGGAAGCUGAGCGUUUACGUCAGGAGAGAGAGAAGCACUUUCAGAAAGAGGAGGCAGAGAGACUGGAGAGGAAGAAGCGCCUUGAAGAGAUCAUGAAACGCACACGCCGCUCUGAUCAGAAAAGCACAGUCCAGAGGAAUGGAGAGGUGAGCCAGCAGCGCGGUCAGGACUCCGCUCCAGGUAGUCCCUCCAUCAGCGUCUUGUCUCCGCGCUCACCUGAGAUCUCUGAGCACAGAAACGGCCACACCAACCCCGACCCCAACCCCAGCUCUCACACACUGCCCCCUGCAGAACACAGUUUGAGUACAGAAGCUGAUCUGAGAGAAAACGGUGUGAUCUCAGAGACGCAGGAGUUUGAGGAAGUGAUAGAUCUGCCCGUGGCCAAGUUCUCCCGUCAGGAGGGGGACGGAGAGGAAGAGGAUGAGAGGAGGAAGACUCCUCUACUGGCCUUCAGAGAGAACGGCAGCUCCCAUAACCUGAACCCCCGGGAGGACGCUCAGACCCAGCAGCAGCAGCAGCAGGUGAUGUCUGAGUAACUCAAGAAUCAAGAGUCUGCCGGGAAAAUCCAACUUCUAGCGUGUCGAGAACCUUCUUCACUUCCUUCCUUUAAAUUCCCCUCCAUCAGCGCUCUGGAGAAGAUGCUCAGCGGAGGAGAAGAUCUCUACAGAACUUCCUCCAGCUUCCCUCCAUCUCCUCACAGUGUGGAUCUACAGAUCCUCCAGAUCCUUAGAUCGCUCUUCUGCUUCCUGUGUUCUGCCUCGACCCUCCUCCAGACCGGCGUGGACGUUGCAGGAUCCUCAGGAGCGGCAGAGCUCUAAUCAUGUAUCUCCUGUAAUAGUAUCUGGGGGGGAUUCGUUUAAAGGUUUGUUUAAAACCUGUGGAUUUAAAUCAGCUGUAAAGUCUGAUCUGAUACUUGAAGAUAAUGUUUUUUUUCUGUCGUCGUCGCUGUCGAGUUAGCCUUCGGUAAAGUGCUAACCAUAGAGACUCUGCUGGAUGGUGGACGACCUUUGACCUUUGUAUUUAAUUUAGGUGAAUCUUAUGCAAAACGGAUGCAAGUGAUGUUGCUCUGGGUGAGGCAGGAUUGGUGGGUAACGUGCUGAUCUCACUGCUUAGUUUUGUAAUUGCUUAAGAAAGUAAAAUAAUAAUAAGAAUGAAGAAUAUGGUGAUAUUUUCUUUUGUUUUUCUUUUUGUCUGUGAAGCUUUAAAACACUAAAUCAAUCACCUUGUUUUCCAGCAUCACUUUAAUUUUAAAGAGGCAUCUUAAUGACCUGACUUGACUCAAGCAUCCAAAGAUCGUUCUCAUCGUCCACCAAAUGCUAAUGCUAAUGCUAAUGUCUAAAUCUAAAUGUCAGCAUUAGGUUUUUUAAAGCAGCAGCAGCUUUAAUGGCUUAUUGGAUGAUUAGGUUUGGACUCUAUGGCUGAUAUACAGCUCUGUAAAAUAAUAAGAGACACUUAAAAAUGAUGAGUUUCUCUGAUUUUACCAAAUUAAAAACUUUAUAGAAUAAAACAACAAUGUUCAUUUUACUCAAAUAUAAACCUAUAAAUAGUAAAAUCAGAGAAACUGAUUCAGAAUCUGAAGUGCUCUCUUCAUUUUUUACAGAUCUGUAUAUCCGUGUGCUUGGGUUCUGGUUAUUUAAUUUGGAGAUUUUCCACCUGUAGACAUCAGAAAUGAGAAUAUCUGGGAUGUACAGUGUAAUGGCCAUUAAAAGAGAUGGAGAUAGGUUGAAUUUGAUUUAAAAUUGAAGGUGUAAAAUUGAAUAAAUGUGGAAUAUAUAAUUGUGAGAUGCUGCUACAUAUAAAUAAACAUCCCUUAUUUGCCUUAUCAGAUCACGGAGAGGUGAGGAGGCUCAGAGGUUUAUCUCCUCUGUUAGCAGGUCCAUCAUUUGGUUUAAGGGCUAAUUAUAAUAAUAAUAAUAACCAUACCUGCACGUACAGUCUUCAAAAUAAAAGUCCCACGCAGCCCAGUGCUGUUUAAAUGCUGGAAUGGGCGGUGUUGAUCUAACAGGGUUAAAUACUGUAUAUUUAGCUGAAUGGGUGUACACAGAGAGAGCGAUGUAAAUCUAUAAUAUAUAUGUAUCAUAUUAUAAUAUAUAAGAUGCAUAUAUUGUAUAUGGUAUAUAAGGAAGUGCACAGAUGCGUUUUUAAAAGUUGUAUAUUUUAUUAAAACUGAGGCCGAGCUUUAAAAACUGAAGCUACACAGCAGCACAGUGAUGAAUCUGAAUAUCAUAAACAGCGUAUUAAUAAAACUGUAGCCUGGGUUUAUAUAUGUAACGCUACAGCGCCUGAGCUCAUCACACACUCCCGGUUCUUCUUUUACUCAGCCUUUCUCUUCAUUACACACACCGGAAACAUGAAAACCUGAAUAAACACAGUCAGAUCUGUAUAGCAUGUACAAACACAAAAAACAAUAAAAUUCUGUUUGGAAAAACA